GUUGGUCUAGUUAUAAGCCCAGGAGCAGUCUAUCUGUAUCGAGAGAGGAAUCUACUCUCGAUUCUGCCGAAUGAUCAGGGCUGGGAAACGGCGGUUUGUGACAUAAACCUAACAGAGAAAGGGAGGGAGAUCUUUGGAUUAGAGAAAAUCCAGAUGCACCGCGAUAUUGUAUUUUCCUGCUCCGCGGAUGUCAUACUCCUCGAUUCCUCGUCACGGUGUGCAACCCAGGGCAUGUAUGCCGCACGUCAUUUCAUUCCCCUCCAAGGACAUCCGGAGUUCAACGAGGAGAUUGAAAUGGAAAUUAUUCUGAGCCGGUCUGAAGCAGGUUUCUUGAGUCAAGACCAGGCACAGGAAGCGUUAUGUCGAAUGAAUGCUGAAUAUGACGGCAAAACGAUUGGAGCAAAACUCCUCGAGUUUCUUUUAGAAGGUUUCAGACGGGUCUUAUUUUCAGCA